UCCUCUCGAGCUUAGUCCAUUUCAUUUCACACACACACACACCGAAAUCUGAGUCCACACACAAAAAAUGCCGAUAGACGCAUCCGCCAAGAUCUUCGUCGCCGGCCACCGCGGACUCGUCGGAUCCGCCGUAGUCCGAAAACUCCACCAAUUAGGCUACACAAAUCUCCUCCUCCGCACACAUUCCGAUCUCGACCUCACAAACCAAUCCGCCGUCGAAUCCUUCUUCGCCGCCGAGAAACCUCAAUACGUCAUCCUCGCCGCCGCUAAAGUCGGUGGCAUACACGCAAACAACACAUAUCCAGCAGAUUUCAUCACUGUAAAUCUCCAAAUCCAAACAAACGUCAUCGUUUCGUCAUUCAAUCACAAAGUCCAAAAGCUUCUGUUCCUCGGUUCCUCAUGUAUUUACCCUAAAUUUGCACCUCAGCCAAUUCCCGAAAAUGCCCUUUUAACUGCUCCUUUAGAACCUACAAACGAAUGGUACGCUAUUGCAAAAAUUGCCGGUAUCAAAAUGUGUCAGGCUUAUAGGCUACAACAUAAUUUUGAUGCUAUUUCAGCAAUGCCGACAAAUUUAUACGGUACAAAUGACAAUUUUCACCCUGAGAAUUCACACGUUUUACCUGCAUUAUUACGUAGGUUUCAUGAAGCAAAAAUUAACAACCUAGAUAAGGUUGUUGUGUGGGGGACAGGUUCACCCUUGAGGGAAUUUUUACACGUGGAUGAUUUAGCUGAUGCAGUGAUAUUUUUGUUAGAAAAUUACAGUGAUUUAGAACAUGUGAAUGUUGGGAGUGGGAGUGAAGUUACUAUAAAGGAAUUAGCUGAGUUAGUUAAGGAAGUUGUGGGGUUUAAAGGUGAAUUGAUUUGGGAUUCGACUAAGCCGGAUGGGACACCAAGGAAGCUUAUGGAUACUUCAAAGCUUGUUGGAUUGGGAUGGACACCCAAGAUUUCGCUUCGGGAUGGUCUUGUUGAUACCUAUAAAUGGUAUUUGGAGAAUUAUGGCAAGCAGUAGUUCAGGGAUUAAAUGUGCUUUCCAAUCAUUAUGUGUCACUCUGGUGCUGAAAGAAAACGAAAAAGGCAACCAUGAAGAAUUCUUUACAUGACACCGGAAGCUUCCAGAAAUUUGGCUUGGAUAUGGGGUACAAGCAAUGGUUGUUGAUGAUCUUUCCUAUGAACUAGCUCAUACUUGCUAAUAAUUGUCAAACUUUUAUAGCCUGUCACUUGUAACUUAGCAGCAACUCUAAUUUGAAUGUCACGUGACUUAUUACAAAAUCAUUCUCAUAAAUUAUUGACUAAUUGUGCAAGAAUACAUACUGCACUAAUGUUAAUUCAGAAUAGAGAACUGCAUGCCAUUUUCAGUA